AUGUACGGCAGUACAUGUGUAUUUGCUCAUAAACUGAGCGUCACUUGCUCCGGAAGUUCAACUGUUCGCAUACGUGUUCAGUCAAAUGGGCUUCCACUAUUUUGUCCUUUUACGCCUUCGAUUCUGAAUGAGCAAGACAUUGACUUCGAAGUUAAUUUCAAUCCUACUGUUAGUGUCAAUUCACUGAAUCAGAAUGCCACAACUACGGCGGCGUUAAGUCAACUUCUUUGUAACAUUCAAACUGAAGCGAACGCUCCAACUUCAGCGAAUCUGGUGAGUUACGGUACUCAACUAACCACAGUUGCAGGCGUCAGUGUUGACGGUGUUGCUCUCAUGAAUGUGAACAGUGCAAAUGAUGUUGAUCCAUUUUACCCUACUGGAGGCAAUCCGACUGAAUCAGUAGACGCAUGUUUCGGACAUCCAAACGAUCAUUACGUAUAUCAUUAUCACAUUGCAUCUGGUUGUGCAUUGAAUCCACCAUCGGGUACUAUUGCAUCAUGUACAGGAACGCCUAGUUGCUCUUCAAGUGUUGCCACCUACAGUAUAUCAUUAUAUAACUCUUAUCGCACUUUAACCGUAAUUGGCAUAGCCAAAGAUGGUCAUGUUGUUUACGGACCUUAUGACUCUACCGGAACACAGGUAACGAGUGGCUUCGAUAUAUGCAACGGUAUGUUCUACAAUUCAAAUGGUGAUUACGCUUAUUUUGCGACACAAACUUUUCCCUAUAUAACGGGAUGUUUUGGUCCCGGCAAUUAUCCCAAUGUUUCGGUGAAUUGCUCAUCUAAUGCACCAUCAUCAUACACAAAAUCAAAAUAUGCUGGCCAUGCUGUGUCAACGUUUAGCAGUGAAACAUUGGUUUUAGUUUAUACUAUUACCUUCUUAAUGACUAUGGUCACACUUAAACAAUGA